CCUCCAGGAAAUGAGCAAAACAAACUUCAAUUUGCUAUUGCUAGCCAGGCAGACAGAGUUGCCAGUUGAAGCGUAGCUACAGACUAUUUGAACAAUAAGUGUGAUUACGACAAGUGGAUAUUGAGAAGUUCAUCCGUAUAGGUGGGGAUAAAAACCUUACAGUACAGAAUAACAAGCAAACCAACAAAUCCAGGAAAUCGUGUGCUGCUGCUCGUUACGGGAAACGAAGACGUCAUGCAGCCCUCUAAAGACGUAUGUUGGUCCUUGACAAUAUGGAUGGUAAACCUUGCCUUCAUGGUUCUCACUGUUCAAGCUCAAGACUGCUCCAAACCCAUGACAUUAGAAGGGUCAAACAUGGUUUUGACAUCAACUCAAGAGACAUUUGCAGAUGGAACUGAAACACAUUUUCAGUGUGCAUUUGGAUAUGUCAGUGCAGGAGGGUCUCGAUCAGUCACCUGUACAUCUGGCGUGUGGAGUAAAGUGAAACUGACAUGCGAAUUAAGGUCGUGUGGCUCCCCAGGAGAAGUGAUAAACGGCCAAUAUCAUCUCUCUGGGAUUGUGUUUGGCGCCAAGGCUGUUGCUCUCUGUGACACUGGCUAUACUCUUGUGGGCAGCGGUGUAAGGAACUGUUUGGUCGGAGGCUGGGAUGGCAGAGUUCCUGUAUGUGAAGUGGUGAAGUGUGGAAAGCCCCCCACCAUUGUCAACGGUGGACCUGUUAUCCCACCUGAAGAUGAGUACAGCUAUGGAAGUGUUGUGGAUUAUAGCUGUAAGAAUGAUUACACUCUGGUUGGAACUAGAUCCAUAUCCUGUGACAAGGACGGAGAAUUCCAGCCAGCUCCACCUGAGUGUAAAAAGGUUACAUGUCCUACUCCUUUUGUUGAGAAUGGCGUUAGGACUGAAGGUCGUCUACCCCCCUACACGCACAAGUCUUUUGUGACGUAUAAGUGCAAAGAUGGAUAUAAGAUGGAGGGAAUGGCCAGUUUGACCUGUGAAAUAGAAGGCUGGUCAGCUCCUGAUCCCAUAUGCAAAGCCCUUCCGACUACAACAAAGCCCCCUACUACUACUACUACUACUACUACUACUACUACUACUACUACUACAGAUACUACUACAGCUACUACUACAAAGAAAACCACAAACCAAGAUCGUGUACCUGGCCCUGAUCCCCCAGCAGCCAAAGGCCACGCUGGGAAAAUAGCAGGGGGUGUUAUAGGUGGACUUGUCGGUGUUUGUAUUAUAGGAUUUAUAAUCUACAAAUUUAAAGGACGCUCUCAAGUCGGAUACUCAGGAAAUGUGGCCACUAAUAACUCUGAAGACAGAGAGUUGUAGCACCCUCGGCCAUGUACAAAGUCUUAUUUGCUUUAGUCUCCUCUUGCUUCUUUGAGAAGGGAGUCGCAGUGAACAGGCUGCUGUGAUGUAAGCCCCUGAAUGUCCUACCAUCCUGCUUAUGAAUGCAGCAGCACCUCCCAAACACUGGGUCCAUAUCCUUUCAAACAUCUAUUACGUGAUGUUUAGAAACCUCAAGAUGAAGAAUGAAUUGGUUCACUCCCAUUUGGAAGCUUGUGCUUAAGGAGUGGCAUAACCUUAUUACUCAAUAACUAUUUAUGUUUCCAGUGUACUUCACAAAUAACUAUUUAUUUAUCUGAGCCUGCUUUCUCAUUGCCAACAUUCUUAGUUAAUAUUCUCCCUUAUGUAUGGAAGCUUCCCUUCAGGGCAACCCUGCAUCACAAAGCCAGUUUUGCGCCCUCUGAAAGAAAGAAAUUGAAGGAAAUCAUAUCUGUUAAAAUGUCCAAUGAUUCCCCUGCGUAUUUAUUUGGACAGUGAAGCUAAAACUUUUUAAUUUGGCUCUAUACUGAAAAACAGCUUCUAUCUCAAGGCCAUUAGACUGCUGAUCAGCCAACACACCAUCUCCUGUAGUUCGAGUAGUAAGUAAUACUCCUGGAGUAAGAAAGAGACAAAGAAAACACACACACACAAGCUCACACACUUCAUUAAAAAGGUUAUCCUUUUUAGAUAUAACUAUACUAAAUAU